GCCUCCUCGCACACACCCGCAGACACAGCGCACUGCAGACGCCGCCGCCACUCAACGCGCCCUCACCGUCGCCCUAACCGCCGCCUCUGCCCCUCGCCUCUACAGCGCCGCCCGCGCCGCCUCCGCCCCUCGCCUCUACCGCGCCGCCGCCCAUCCAACGCGCCGCCCGUGCCGCCUCCGCCCCUCACAGCGCACCCUAACCGACGCCCUCGCCGACGUCGCCGCCGCUCCCCUCCACCGACGCCCUCACCGACGCCGCCCCUCCACCGCGUCGCCUCGGCCGCCGCCUCCGUCCCUGCCUUGGCAGCCGCAUCCCCAACGCCCCCCAAACCCUCGCCUAACCCUCCCUAAAUCCCCAGCCAUGUUGGCCGGAGCAGCCGCCCGCCGCAAUCUCUCCACGCUCCUCUCCUCCCGGGCGCUAGCACGCCGCCUCGCCCCACUCGCCUCCGCUCCAUCCUACCUCACCCCGUUGGCGCCGCUGUCUCGUGGAGCGAACACCUCGUCGUUGGGUGGGUCUGGGUACUCACCGCUGAAUGACCCGUCCCCGAACUGGAGCAACCGGCCGCCCAAGGAGACUAUCCUGCUGGACGGCUGCGACUACGAGCACUGGCUCAUCGUCAUGGAGUUUCCAACCGACCGCAAGCCCUCCGAGGAAGAUAUGGUUGCCGCAUACGUCAAGACCCUCGCAGCCGUCGUCGGAAGCGAAGAGGAAGCCAAGAAGAAAAUCUAUUCUGUCUGUACAACAACUUACACUGGGUUUGGCGCAUUGAUUUCAGAGGAGUUGUCAUAUAAAGUUAAAGGAUUGCCUGGAGUUCUGUGGGUAUUGCCUGAUUCAUAUUUGGAUGUGCCAAACAAGGAUUAUGGAGGGGAUCUAUUCGUAGAUGGACAGGUCAUACACAGACCACAAUUCCGAUUCACUGAGAGGCAGCAGGUAAGGAGCCGGCCUCGUCCGCGCUAUGACAGGAGACGAGAGACUAUGCAAGUUGAACGGAAAGAAACAAUGCAGAAAGGACCUUCGAAUCUGCAGCAUAAACGUGUGUCCAUGCCGUUAGAAGCAAGCGAACAUUAUUCUUAAGAUUUUACCUAAAAGUUGGUUUGAUGUUUUAACGUACACUAAACUGUUGCUAGAAUUACAACCUAGUUGUUCUGGAUAUAUGUAAGUCCUGAAGUAUGCCCAUGUCUGGCAACUCGUCUGUUUUCUGUCUUCUGGAUGACGAGCUGUUCUUGUGAUUCCUUAACAUGUGAAUCUUUGUUCCCUUUGUCAGAAGAUUGCUGGGGAGCCUGUCCGUGGACAUCCUCAUGUUGACCUUGCUAUAUGACAAA